ACUGUUUUCAUUCAUUCAUUCGCCAUUUUGUUUUUGGGGAAAUGUGUUGUGGUGUUUGAAUUUUGUGCAAUUUUAAAAUCAAAUAAAACCCAUAAAAGUGUCGUACAACGGAAUUUCUAAAAGUCCGUAAUGGACAACACACUGGACGCGCCUCUAGUGGCGCAGUCCAUCAACUACCAUGGUCAACAGCUUCAAAAAACGUGGGAGGCAGAGAGAGGCGAGGAUGACCUGGCCAAGAUCGGCGUGGGCGCGCUCGACUUCGCCGCCUACCAGGCGCGGCACAAGCACCUCACGUUCCAGGACCGCGGGAAGAGGCUCAAGCUGCACCAGUUCAUCGCCAAGGAGGCUGGAGUACUGUUUGAUAGCUCCUUGACUGAAGAAACCCCAUCUUCGUCUUCUUUAGGGGCGGAUGCGACCACUCCUGAAGACAAGCUGUAUGCCCUGAUGCCUCCAUUCGAGACAUUCCUGAAUGUUGACAAAUCAGCGAGGCUGAGGCAUUUCUUUGAUAAUGUGAAGACUGGCGAGCUAAUUAUUGGAGCAGUGAUCAACAGGACUACUUCUGGGAUGAUGCUAAAAGUUCUGUGCACUGCGGGACCCACUUCAAGAUAUGUAGCGGAUAUCAAUGUGAAGGCAUUCCUACCAGUAACUAAUAUCAUACAAGCUGUGGAUAAGAAAAAUGUGUCAAGAUACUACCUGAUGAAUGACACUGUCUGCUGCGAAGUUUUAGAAGUUAUCCCCGACACUGACAAAAUGGUGGUUGGCAUGAAGGGAGUGACCCGGGGCCCGGAUGACCCGCCCCCUAAACCUCCCUUGGGCCUCCUGAGCACUGACGACUUCCCGCUCAUAUACAAAAAAACAGUGGACAUGAAAGGUGAAAGUUACGAAGCAAUUCUGGAGAAGAGCCCGGGCUUCAAUAACCCCAACUGCAUCCAAUAUCUGUCAGAACUGCUCGGCAUAUCAAACAUGCACUGCUCCAACUUUUCAUCCUUGAGGGGAGGAUUUUCACCAACUGAUUAUGCAGAUGAAUUGCGUCAAGCUCAAGCUAGCAAGUGGGCAUUCCGUUCAGUGGCAGAAGGCAUAGAGCACUUCAAAGCCGGAAGACACUCUGAGGCAUUCCAAUGUCUAAACAAAGCACUAAGCAUCGACCCAAGAAACGUUGAGGGAUUGGUCGCAAGAGGCGCACUUUACGCCAACAGUGGAACAUUCAAAAAGGCCAUAGAAGAUUUUGAGACAUCACUAAAGUUGAAUCCAAACCAUGCCAAUGCUAGAAAGUAUUUAGGAGAGACACUGGUAGCGCUAGGGCGAAGCUACGAAGAUGAGAACAAGAUAACAGAGGCACAAAAGGCAUAUGAAGACUGUUUAGCUAUUAUACCAUUCCAUGAGGAAGCUCAGAAUUCCCUAGACUUUCUAAAAAGCAAGACGUCCACAACCAAGCCGUUGAUAGAGCCAGCUGAGUUGCUGUUGCCGGGCUUGACGAGUGCUAAAUCAUUUGAGAUGAAGGAAACUCUGAAGCAGUUGUUGAAUCUAACAGAGAAGAAGGAUAAAAAGAAGAAGAAGAAGCGUGGUAAGGGUAAGAAGAAGCGGUCGAGCAGCUCAUCGUCCUCCAGCAGUGACUCAUCCAGCUCCAGCUCCUCGUCCGACUCAAGCUCCUCUUCCUCGGAUACCAGCGAUUCUGAAGGUCCUAACCGUAAGAAGAAGCGUCGCUCCCGUUCACACAACAAGCGUCAGAGGUCGCUAUCUCCGCUGUCUAAGCGGCUGUUGGGGGAACAAGACUCUGCGUCACGGACUCACAACUCUCAGUUCAACCACCCGUACGGGUACCAGCCGCCGCCGCCGCCGGUCGAGGAGAAUGCGCCGCCGCCUGUGAGGACGCAGGCUGAUAUCGAUUAUGAGCUGAAGGUCCGUAAAUUCCUCGAGAUGACAAAAGAAGACUCUGACUACGAGGACAAGGUUCGCAACUUCCUCGAGGAGACGGCCACGUACAAGCGCAACCGCAAGAUGCAGGAGCUGGGCCAGCAGCCGCAGCCCGGCGCCGACCAUGAUAAGAAGAAGAAGAAGAAGAAAGACAAGAAAAAGAAGAAAGAAUCCAAGCGUAAACGCAAGGAACAAGAGCGCGAAGAUAAGAGAAAGUCCAAGCUUGCGCGAGCCGCAGCCAGCGGCGAUUACAACCUAGAGAAUAUCGGAGACAAAAAACUGAGAGACGCCAUAAGAAAAGAACUGAAAGGGAAAUCUAAGAGAGACCUCAGCUCUGAGGGUGAUUAUGACAGGAAGCACACUGAUAAGAGGAUAAUGGACGAGAUGCACGGCCUCGAGGAGCUGGAGUCGAAGCUGAGCGCGUACCACGUGAUGGUCGAGAAGGAGGUGAUGAACAAGAGAGACGCGCGCUCCGCCAGCCCGCCCGACCAGGUGCCGCCGCCGCCGCUCGAGAAGCCCAAGUGGAAGAUGUCCAUGAGCGCCGUUAAAGACAAGGUAAAAAAGAAGGACACACCGGGAUCGAAAGGGUACAAAGAACGUUAUGCAUUUGAAGACAGCUCAGACGAUUCACAGGACCCACCUAAGCCAUCUCCAGGCAGUGGCGACAAGAACGUGUCGGUGCGGCGCGCGAUGGCGCUGAAGGAGCCGCCGCGCCGCGAGCCCGACCCGCCCGGCACCGAGCCCAGCCAUCCACCGGUCCGCAAAGGCAACAUAGUGCUCGACAAGUUCGGUUCGUUCCGCCUGGCGCAGGAAGGCGAGACGCCCAUGUCGGUAGGCGAAGGCCGCCCGGAGCAGUUCGUGACGCGCAUCAAGCCGCCGUCGCCCUCCGCGCGCCGCCCGCGCUCCCCGCCCUCGCCUAGGCGACACUCGUCGCCGUCGUCUGAUGACGACAGAAGAUCACAUAAAAGAUCGCGCCCGCGCAAGUACCGCUCGCGCUCGGGCUCGCGCUCUCGCUCGGCCUCCUCGGGCAGCGGCUCGGGCUCGCGGCGCCGGCGCUCCGGCUCCCGGCGCUCGCGGUCAAGGUCGGAGGGCAGCCGCAGCUACUACUCGCGCAGCCGCAGUCGCAGCCGGUCCCGGUCUGGUGACAGGUUCCGGCGCUUCAACCGGCGCGGCAACUGGCGCGGGCGCGGCGGCUACGAGCGCGGCACGUACUACCGGCCGCGCUUCCACACGUACAACAACGGGCCGCGCGGGCGCGGGCGCGGCGGCGACAUGCGGCGCGACGACGGCCGCCGCUUCCCGGGCGAGUGGCGCGAGCACCGCGGCCGCGGGAACCGCCCCUUCCGCCCGAGGCGCGGCGGGCCCAGAGGCAGGCCGUUCAGGGGUGGUUUCCGUGACUUCAGGGACCGUCGCGGCGGCGGCGGCAACCGCUACUCGCGCUCGCGCAGCCCCGACCGCACGCGCCGCUCGCGCUCCUACAGCCCCAACGAGAGGAGGGAGAAGGACAGAGACAGCUACUCCCGAUACUCGGAGCGCGACAGCCAUCGCAGUGAAGGUGAAUAUGAAGAGGAAAGAUUUGUGGACAGAAAAGAGUAUGACGGUAAAUGGGCUGAUGGAAACGAGCCUGAGAGACCCCCGGCCGAGGAGAAACCCGCCGCCGAAGAACCUGCCCCGAAAGAGUGAACGGAUGAAUGAAUCGGUCUUUUUGCAAUUCACGUUUGGUUUUGUGUUAGAAGCUAAGAUAAGGGUGCACUAGUGACUUCUUGUCGUAAAACAUUUAUGUUUUAAGUAACUAUGUUUAUCGUAAUUCUUUAUUAGUCAUGUAAAUAUAUGUUUUCAUUUAGCAUUGGUUUCUGAAUAUCCAUCACAUGCAAGAUAAGAUAAAUUUUAAUGGAUUGUAAACUGCAUUGUUGACAACUCACAUAAUUAGUUCCUUGUUAUGUACAAAUAUCAUUCCAUCAAUUUGGUUGGAAGUUAUAAUAAAUUGAUACUUAUACACAAGUCAUUAAACAAUAAUAUGUAUGAAUAAAUAUAUACUACUAAACUU